AUGGACGUAUUCUACGCCUACACCUACUCAACAGCGGGCUGGCUCUCCCUCCAGAGCGUCGCCCUAAUCGCCGUUCCCGAAAUGAUGACCACAAUGCUGGAACAAGAAAGCAGACAGCCAUCCUCAAUUGAAACCUACCUCUCUCGCUGCCUGGGCAUGAGCCUCCUCACAAUCGCCAUCCUAACUGUCAUGCUGACCGGCUCCAUCCCCCUCACGGCGUCCAUAACCGACCCCGUCACAACCGAUGACUCUGAUCCCAAGGCGCCCUACGCGGUGCCGACGAUGCAAGUGACCACCAUCUUCCACUUCAUUUCGGCCGGGUAUGCGUACGCCUGGUUCGCGGAUAAGGGCCAAUUGGCGUUUGGGGUCGGGAUGGUGGUGUCCGGGGCGCUUGCUUCGUUGGGUAUCUGGUGUGCGCUUUUUGCCAGCAGUAAUGGGAAGAUUAGUCGGAAGACUGGGGCGGAUAAGAGGACCACGGGGUUUCCCUUCAAGAAUAGGGAGGCGGAGAAGAAGCAUGGGAAGGGGUUGUAA